ACUAUGCAGGCCGGUAGGGUUGCUGUGGCUUCGAACCAGGAGUGUGGAUUUUACAUACCGAAGAAAAUAGGUUCUUUGUGACCAUCAGAAUAGACAAACAGUCUGAUUUAAUGCGUAAAGCACAAGUACCUCUAUUUGAAAAUCUUGACCUCCGCUGUAGCACUCGCCGUCUCCGGACCAUUGGGAAACAUCACUGCUCAACGUGGCUUUCACGUGGGCACAGCAUCGCAGAGCGAAAGUGGACUUGGAAGUAACCCCAUCUCGUCUUGGUUAAAAUAGUUUACUUUGAGCAUUCUGAUUGUUUUUGCAUUUAGGUUUCAGAAACGUAAACAUGUCGAUUAAUACAGCCUCUUUGAUACUGGAGGAUGGGACUACUUUUAAAGGCCGCCUCUUUGGGGCGAGCGCCUCAGUAUCUGGUGAAGUCGUUUUCCAAACAGGAAUGGUGGGCUAUCCAGAGGCUCUUACUGACCCCUCGUAUAAAGCUCAGAUACUGGUGUUGACCUACCCGCUGGUUGGAAACUAUGGUGUGCCUAAAGAUGAGAAUGGUGACUUUGGACUCAGCAAGUGGUUUGAGUCCUGCAGGAUCCAUGCUGCUGCCUUCAUCAUUGGAGAGCUUUCUCAGAAUCCCAGCCACUGGAGCUCAGCCAAGUCUCUAGAUCAGUGGCUCAAAGAGCAAGGCAUUCCUGGAAUAGAGGGGGUAGACACUCGUUGCUUGACCAAGAAAAUCAGAGAAAAGGGAACCAUGCUGGGGAAACUUGUGGUGGAAGGGACCUCAGCUGACAGCAUACCUUUCGACAAUCCGGACAGUCGGAAUUUGGUCCAAGAAGUGUCCUUGAAAGAGCCCAGGGUUUUCAAUCCACAAGGUACUGUGAGGAUCACCGCAGUGGACUGUGGUAUUAAGUACAAUCAGAUCCGCUGCUUGUGCCAGAGAGGUGCGCAUGUCACCUUAGUACCAUGGGAUCACCCUCUAGACACUAAUGACUUUGAUGGGCUGUUCAUUAGUAAUGGCCCUGGUGACCCUCAGUAUUGCAAAGAGACCAUAGAAAACCUGCGGAAAGUUGUGUGCAAGAAGAAGCCCAAACCAGUUUUUGGUAUCUGCUUGGGCCAUCAGUUGCUGUCACUGGUCACUGGAUCAAAGACAUACAAAAUGAAGUACGGUAAUCGUGGCCAUAACCAGCCUUGCAUCCAUAAGGGGACAGAGCGCUGUUUCAUUACAUCUCAGAACCACGGGUUUGCAGUGGACCCACAAACCCUCCCAGAGGACUGGGAUGUGCUCUUCACUAAUGCUAAUGACCACACCAAUGAAGGCAUCGUGCACAACUCUAAACCUCUCUUCAGUGUACAGUUUCAUCCUGAGCACAUGGCUGGGCCCACUGACCUGGUUAGCCUCUUUGAUGUCUUUCUGGAAACAGUCAGAGAUGCCAAAGAGGGCAAAGCUGGCAAGUCAGUGAAAGAGAGGCUAUCCGAGCAGCUGACCUUCCUUGGAUUUCCUAAACCUGAAGAGUUUGUACGACCACGUAAGGUGCUUCUCCUGGGCUCUGGAGGACUCUCCAUUGGACAGGCUGGAGAAUUUGAUUACUCUGGCUCUCAAGCCAUUAAAGCUCUUAAAGAGGAAAAUAUUCAGACUAUUCUCAUUAACCCCAACAUUGCCACAGUGCAGACUUCCAAAGGACUUGCAGAUAAAGUCUACUUCCUUCCAAUCACCCCAGACUAUGUCACACAGGUGAUCAAGAAUGAGCGUCCCGACGGGGUGCUGCUGACCUUUGGUGGCCAGACGGCUCUGAACUGCGGGGUGGAGCUGACCAAGCUGGGCGUGCUGGAGAAGUACAAUGUGCGUGUGCUCGGAACCCCUGUGGCCUCUAUCGAGAUGACAGAGGACAGGAAGAUCUUUGUGGAGAAGAUGGAAGAGAUCAAUGAACACGUGGCCCCCAGUGAGGCGGCUAUGUCUGUGGAGCAGGCAGCAGCUGCUGCUGAGAGGCUUGGCUACCCGGUGCUGAUCCGCUCUGCGUUUGCACUUGGGGGCUUGGGCUCCGGUUUUGCCAACAACAAAGAGGAGUUGAUCGCGCUGGUCACACAAGCCUUUGCCCACACAUCUCAAGUCCUGGUGGAUAAAUCACUCAAAGGCUGGAAGGAAAUCGAGUACGAAGUAGUGAGGGAUGCCUACGACAACUGCAUCACGGUUUGUAACAUGGAGAACGUCGACCCCUUGGGAAUUCAUACGGGAGAGUCCAUUGUGGUGGCUCCUAGUCAGACGCUGAAUGAUUACGAGUACAACAUGUUGAGGAACACAGCCAUCAAGGUCAUCCGCCACCUGGGGAUCGUAGGAGAGUGCAACAUUCAAUAUGCCCUCAAUCCUGAGUCUGAGCAGUACUACAUCAUUGAGGUGAAUGCUCGCCUCUCUCGGAGCUCUGCUCUGGCUAGUAAGGCCACAGGCUACCCACUGGCCUACGUGGCAGCUAAGCUUGGCCUUGGCAUCCCCCUGCCGCUUCUGAAGAACUCUGUGACCAAUUCCACCACAGCCAACUUCGAGCCCAGUCUGGAUUACUGUGUGGUGAAGAUUCCUCGCUGGGACCUGAGCAAGUUCCUCAGAGUCAGCACUAAAAUUGGAAGCUCCAUGAAGAGUGUUGGAGAAGUGAUGGCCAUUGGACGCAGUUUUGAGGAGGCCUUCCAAAAAGCUCUGAGGAUGGUAGAUGAGAACUGUGUUGGAUUUGACCAUACCCUGAAAACAGUGUCUGAGCAGGAGCUCCAAAUUCCUACAGACAAGCGAAUCUUUGUGCUGGCAGCAGCUCUUUAUGCUGGAUACACUGUGGACCACCUGUAUGAGCUGACCAAAAUUGACCGCUGGUUCCUUCACAAAAUGAAAAACAUCGUAGACCACGAAAAACUUCUGGAAACAUUUAAUCAGGAUGAAAGCGUCAUGCCUCCUGAAGUGAUGAGGAAGGCGAAGCAGUUGGGCUUUUCGGACAAGCAAAUUGCCCUUGCUGUGCAGAGUACUGAGCUAGCGGUGAGGAAACUGAGGCGUGAUUGGAAGAUCCUGCCAAUUGUGAAGCAGAUUGACACGGUAGCUGCCGAAUGGCCCGCCCACACCAACUAUCUGUACCUGACCUAUCACGGCAUGGAGAGCGAUCUGGCCUUCGAGGAAUCCCAUGUCAUGGUUAUUGGAUCUGGCGUGUAUCGCAUCGGCAGCAGCGUCGAAUUUGACUGGUGUGCCGUGGGCUGCAUUAUGGAGCUUAGAAAGAUGGGUUAUAAAACAAUAAUGGUAAACUACAAUCCUGAAACAGUGAGCACAGACUACGAUAUGUGUAACAGACUCUACUUUGAUGAGAUAUCAUUUGAGGUAGUUAUGGACAUCUAUGAGAUGGAGAACCCAGAGGGAGUGAUUCUUUCAAUGGGAGGCCAGCUCCCCAACAACAUCGCCAUGUCCCUCCACAGGCAGCAGUGCCGGAUCUUGGGUACCUCACCUGAGUUCAUUGACUCUGCCGAAAACCGCUUUAAAUUCUCCAGGAUGCUGGACACCAUUGGAAUCAGUCAGCCAUGCUGGAAAGAGCUCUCCGAUACAGAGUCGGCCAUGCAGUUCUGCGACACUGUGGGCUACCCGUGCCUGGUGCGGCCGUCCUACGUCCUCAGCGGAGCUGCCAUGAAUGUGGCCUACUCGCACAGUGACCUGGAGAAAUACCUGAGCAGUGCCAUGGCUGUGUCCAAAGAGCACCCCGUCGUCAUCUCCAAAUUCAUCCAGGAGGCCAAGGAGAUUGAUGUGGAUGCUGUAGCCUGUGAUGGAGUGGUCAUCGCCAUUGCCGUUUCUGAGCAUGUGGAGAAUGCCGGUGUCCAUUCUGGGGAUGCUACACUUGUCACACCACCUCAGGACAUCAACCAGAAGACCAUGGAGCGCAUUAAGUUAAUCGUCCAUGCCAUUGGCCAAGAGCUACAAGUGACAGGGCCGUUUAACCUGCAGCUUAUUGCCAAGGAUGACCAGCUGAAGGUGAUCGAGUGCAAUGUGCGAGUCUCCCGCUCCUUCCCUUUUGUGUCGAAAACGCUGGGUGUUGAUCUUGUGGCCCUGGCGACACAGGUCAUCAUGGGAGAGGAGGUGGAGGCUGUGGGACUCAUGAGGGGAAAUGGCAUCGUCGGAGUUAAGGUGCCACAGUUCUCCUUCUCUCGGCUGGCCGGGGCUGACGUAGUGUUGGGAGUGGAGAUGACCAGCACUGGGGAGGUGGCCUGUUUUGGGGAGAACCGUUAUGAGGCCUACCUGAAAGCCAUGCUUAGUACAGGCUUCAAAAUUCCCAAAAAGAAUAUUCUCCUCUCCAUUGGCAGCUACAAGAAUAAAAGUGAGCUGCUGCCCACAGUGCAGGCUCUGGAGGGUCUUGGCUAUAACUUGUAUGCCAGCCUGGGUACUGCGGACUUCUACACUGAGCAUGGUGUUAAGGUAAUGGCUGUAGACUGGCCUUUCGAGGAAGAGAGUGACUGCCCCAACAAGGAGAAGCAGAGAAACAUCAUGGACUACCUGGUGGAGAACCACUUCGACAUGGUCAUCAACCUCUCUAUGAGGAACUCUGGUGGACGACGCCUGUCCUCUUUCGUCACUAAAGGAUACCGGACACGCCGCAUGGCUGUUGACUACUCGGUGCCCCUCAUUAUUGACAUCAAGUGCACCAAGCUAUUUGUUCAGGCACUGCGACAGAUUGGUCGAGCUCCCCCAGUCAAGACGCACAUAGACAGCAUGACCUCCCAGAAACUGAUUCGCUUACCUGGCCUCAUAGAUGUUCAUGUCCACCUGCGAGAGCCAGGUGCCACCCACAAGGAAGACUUCUCAUCGGGCACAGCUGCUGCCCUGGCAGGAGGAGUCACUAUGGUGUGUGCCAUGCCCAACACCAACCCAUCUGUCAUAGACCCCAGCUCUCUCGCCUUAGUCCAGAAGCUAGCCAAAGCUGGGUGUCGCUGUGACUAUGCCCUGUAUGUAGGGGCAGCUUCAGACAAUGCCACUAUUCUGGCCUCCAUUGCAAAUGGCACUGCUGGUCUGAAGAUGUACUUGAAUGAUACUUACUCGACACUCAAGAUGGACAAUGUUUCCUUGUGGAUGGAGCACUUUGAGAAGUGGCCAAAGCACUUGCCUAUCGUGGCACAUGCAGAGAAGCAGACGGUGGCUGCCAUCCUGAUGGUGGCGCAGCUCUACCAGAGACCUGUUCACAUCUGUCAUAUUGCCAAGAAGGAGGAGAUCCUGAUCAUCCGAGCCGCCAAGCAGAAGGGUAUCCAGGUGACAUGUGAAGUGGCCCCUCACCACCUUUUCUUGUGUGAAGAUAAUGUGCCUGUUAUAGGGGAAGGCAGGGCUCAGGUGCGGCCCAUGCUCGGUACCCGAGAAGACAUGGAGGCACUAUGGGAGAACCUGGAUAUCAUAGACUGUUUUGCCACUGAUCAUGCUCCUCAUUCCCUGGAGGAGAAGGACUCUGAGAAUCCUCCGCCUGGCUACCCUGGCCUGGAGACCAUGCUACCCCUGCUGCUCACCGCUGUCAGUGAGGGACGCCUCACCCUGGACGACAUCGUCCGGAGGCUAUACGAGAAUCCUGCUCGCAUCUUCUCGCUACCCACUCAGGAGAACACCUACGUGGAGGUGGACUUGGAGCAAGAGUGGAUCAUCCCAAAGCACAUGCAGUUUACAAAGUCGAAGUGGACUCCCUUCAAGGGCAUGAGGGUGAAGGGCAAAGUGAUGCGAGUGGUGCUAAGAGGGGAGGUGGCCUACAUCGAUGGACAGGUACUGGUGCCUCCCGGCUAUGGUCAGGAUGUCAAGACGUGGUCAUCGGCAUUACCUGUUCCUGAUGUAACCAGAGAUACCCCAAAGACUCCUGAGCGCAUUCGUCAAUCAGUAGCCAGUGAGGUCCUCCGCACCAGAGCACUGAGCCCGCGCAGGGUAGCUGGGGACAGUCGAUUCGUACUCCCACCCCGGGUUCAUCGUGCCUCUGACCCAGGGCUGCCGCCAGGUUUUGUGAAGUCAUCUCAGCUCCUGCAAGCUGCUGCCGAAGAGGAGAAACCGCUGAGAAGAGCAUUUGAAUCAGAAGGGGCUCCAUCUGCAGAGACUUACACCCCCCCUCCAGCUCUAUGCAAGAUGCUGUCCCCUCAGGCAGGCCAGCCACAUGUGGUGUACCAGCUACAGACCUCUCCUCUGCUACACCCACUGGUGGGCCAGCAUGUCCUGUCUGUGUGCCAGUUCACCAAAGAGCAGAUGUCCCAUUUGUUCAACGUGGCUCAUGUGCUUCGUCUGAUGGUCCAAAAAGAGAAGAGCCUGGACAUCUUGAAGGGGAAGGUCAUGGCGUCCAUGUUCUACGAGGUGAGCACUCGAACCAGCAGCUCCUUUGCAGCGGCCAUGCAGCGGCUGGGCGGCUCCGUGGUGCACUUCAGUGAGUGCACGUCCUCUGCACAGAAGGGCGAGUCUCUGGCCGAUUCAGUGCAAACGAUGAGCUGCUAUGCUGACGUGCUUGUGCUGCGCCACCCAGAGCCUGGCGCCGUAGAGAAAGCAGCGAAACACUGUCGGAGGCCAAUGAUUAACGCUGGGGAUGGGGUGGGUGAGCAUCCUACCCAAGCUCUUCUAGAUGUCUUCACCAUCAGGGAGGAGCUGGGCACUGUUAAUGGCAUGACUAUCACUAUGGUGGGUGACCUAAAACACGGCAGGACUGUGCAUUCCCUAGCCAGGCUCCUCACCCAGUACCGGAUCACACUGCGCUACGUCUCACCCAAAAACCUCAGCAUGCCUGCCGAGAUAGUCAACUUCGUCGCCUCCAAAGGCAUAAAGCAGGAGGAGUUCAGUAGUAUCGAGGAGGCCCUUUCUGAGACUGACGUCCUGUACAUGACGAGGAUUCAGAAGGAGCGAUUUGCCUCUGAAGAGGAGUACAAAUCAUGCUUUGGGCAGUUUAUCUUAACACCUCACAUAAUGACAGGAGCCAAGAGGAAAAUGGUCGUCAUGCAUCCUCUUCCAAGAGUUAAUGAAAUAAGUGUGGAGGUGGACACGGAUCCUCGUGCUGCUUACUUCCGGCAGGCUGAGAAUGGCAUGUACAUCCGGAUGGCGUUGCUAGCCACUGUGCUUGGCCGAUGAACAGUUUAGGGGCCAAAUGGAUGAAAGGGAACUGAUUGCUGCUUAGAUAUGACCUUUGGGUCAACAUAAAUUUUUUUUGUGUCAACAAUACCUGCACAUUGUUUUCUCACACAUAUUGUCCUUCGUACAUGUUUCUCCCUAUAGCGUUCUUGCACUGUCUCUGUUGUUAUAGAUUACAUUACACAAACACUGAAUAUUGUCUUGAUUUUCACUGUUUCAUGUAACAUUUCUAAGGAGCAAUAAGUAGAUCUUUUUCUAAACACAAAUAAAAAGUGUUAGUAAUUAAGCAUAAUGACAGAGCUAGAGCAAAUGCUGUUUUAAUGCUGUUAUAAUGGGAACAGCAAGCAGAAUUCAAAAUAUUUGUUUCUAUUAAUACAAAUUAAAAGUGCAAAGAUUACUGUUCAUAUUAUUUCUUUACUGUACUUUGGUGGUUACAGUUAUCUGGGUUAUUGUUUAUUUUUAAAGAAUAAAAACCAUUUUAUCACGUUUAUG